AUGCGGGUACUCCUAAGCCUGUUGUUUCUUACAUCUCUUCUUGUGAGAGCUGAUGAGCACGAUCACCUAUAUGAAGUCGACGAAGAAGUCGUGUUAUGGAUGAACACGGUAAUUUUUAUUUCCUUUCAGAGUUUUUCAAUUUCAAUUUGUGUUGAAAUUACAGGUUGGUCCGUACUCAAACCGACAGGAAACCUACACCUACUUUUCACUUCCGUUCUGUAGAGGCGAAAAGAAGGAAAUAGGUCAUUACCACGAAACUAUGGGCGAAUCUUUGCUCGGUGUGGAACUUGAGUUCUCCGGUCUUGACAUCAAGUUCAGAAGUAAGGCACAUUAUGCGUUUUCAAAUCAAAAUUCUGAUAAUUUCAGCGAACACAAAGAAGACCGUCAUUUGUCAGAAGAAAUUAACAGAAACCGACUACAAGACGCUGCUCUAUGCUAUUCAGAAUACGUAUUAUUAUCAAAUGUAUUUGGACGACAUGCCGAUCUGGGGAAUGGUCGGAGAGAUCGACAACACUGUCACCCCGCCGGCGUACAAGCUCUUCACCCACAAGCGCCUUGAUAUCGGCUACAAUGACAAACAGGUCGUUGAUGUGAACCUGACUGCCGAUGGAAGAGUCGACAUCCGCCCUGGAGCCGAAAUCGUUUUCACCUAUGAAAUUCAAUGGACAAAGUCGGAAGUCGACUUUACCAAGAGAUUCGACAAGUAUCUUGAUCCAAACUUCUUCCAGCACAGAGUAAGUACAUUAUCUCACUUAUUCAUGGUAUAGACUUGCUUCUUUCAGAUUCACUGGUUCUCGAUCUUCAACAGUUUCAUGAUGGUCGUAUUCCUCGUCGGAUUGGUGUGGAUGAUUCUCGUGCGAACACUAAGAAAAGAUUACGCCCGAUACCAGAAGGAAGACAGCCUUGACGAUCUGGAUGCCGAUCUGGGCGACGAGUACGGUUGGAAGCAAGUGCACGGAGACGUCUUCCGGCCUCCGUCCAUGCCGCUGCUUUUCUCUUCAUGCAUCGGAGCAGGCUACCAUGUCUUCACGGUUGCCGUUAUCACAACCAUCCUUGCCAUCGUUGGAGAGUUCUACACUGAGUCAGUUCUGUCUACUUUUGUCUUUUUACUUCAAAAACGAGCACACCUAGCCUAUAAAAAGCAAACAACUUUACAGACGCGGUUCUCUUCUUUCGGCUGCAAUUUUUGUGUAUGCGGCGUGCUCGCCAGUCAACGGAUAUGCUGGAGGUUCGAUGUACGCCCGUUUCGGAGGCCGUCACUGGAUUAAGCAGAUGCUUCUCGGCGCUUUCCUUCUCCCGAGCAUGGUCUGCGGAGUCGCCUUCCUGAUCAACUUCAUCGCCAUCUACUACCACGCCUCUCGUGCUAUCCCAUUCACGAUCAUGCUCGCCGUCUCCGCCAUCUGCCUCUUUGUUAUUCUUCCGCUGACACUCGUUGGAACUGUCAUCGGAAGAAAUAUGGCUGGAACUGCCGACUAUCCGUGCCGAGUGAAUGCCGUACCUCGUCCGAUUCCUGACAAGAAGUGGUUUGUGCAGCCGUGGCUCAUCACUCUUGCUGGAGGAGUUCUUCCAUUUGGAUCAAUCUUUAUUGAGAUGUAUUUCAUCUUCACUUCCUUCUGGGCUUACAAGAUCUACUACGUCUACGGAUUCAUGCUUCUGGUCACCAUCAUUCUUUCCAUCGUUACCGUCUGCGUCACAAUCGUCUGUUCGUACUUCCUGCUCAACGCGGAAGACUACAGAUGGAGAUGGACAAGUUUCGCAUGUGGCGCAUCGACCGCCUUCUACGUCUAUCUUUACUCUAUGUAUUACUUCUUCUUCAAGACGAAGUAAUUAAUGUCCAUCUAAAAUUUUUAUUUACAAUUUAUUUCAGAAUGUAUGGUCUGUUCCAAACGGUCUUCUAUUUCGGUUAUAUGGGAAUCUUUGCCGCCGCUCUCGGUUUGAUGACCGGAACAAUCGGAUACGUCGGGACUGCCAAGUUCGUGCGCAAGAUCUACCAAACUGUGAAGAUCGACUAA